AUCCACGCAAAUCGCGCUGCGGUUCGAAUUCGUGACUAAUCUGCAUGCUGCCGGGUUCCAUAAAAUUCCGCUGAAACAGUUUUUUUAAGCCGUGUGUUUCCAGUUAAUUCGCACCUUGCGUUACUCUAAACCCGGGUAGUGUUGCAUCAGCAGUUUGCGCGACGAUGACGAAACGCGUUCAACCGACGUGGCAGGUUCCGGUUCCGGCGCGGGACGAACCCCGGCUGCGGCUGUACAACAGUUUGACCCGGCAGAAGGAGCUGUUUGUGCCGCGGGACGGUCGGAACGUGCGCUGGUACAGCUGCGGGCCGACGGUGUACGAUGCGUCGCAUAUGGGCCAUGCGCGGUCUUAUAUCAGUUUUGAUAUUUUGCGCCGGGUGUUGACGGAUUACUUCGGGUUCAACGUGCUGUACGUGAUGAACAUUACGGACAUUGACGAUAAGAUUAUCAAGCGGGCGCGGCAGAACUAUUUGUACGAGCGGUAUGUGGAGAGGACGAGUUCGCUGGAGAAGCUGCUGGAGGACAAUGUGGAGGUGAUGGAGUCGUUCCGGGGGAAUUUGGGGCGGACGACGGAUCCGGACAAGAAGGCGAUGAUGGAGCGGAUGUUGGAGCGGUUGACGGCGUCGGUGGACAAUUUGACGAUUGCGGUGAAGAGUGGGGCGGAGGAGAAGGUGAAGGAGGCGCAGAAGCAGUUCUUGGAGGAUUCGAGAGAUCCGUUGGCGGAUUUGCUGGACCGGAAGGAGGGUUCUUCGGUUAGUGAGAACUCGAUCUUUGAGACGUUGCCUCGGUACUGGGAGGACGAGUUCCACAAGGAUAUGGACGCGCUGAACGUGCUGCCGCCGGAUGUGUUGACGCGGGUGAGCGAGUACGUGCCGCAGAUCGUGGAGUACAUCCAGAAGAUCAUCGAGAAUGGGUUGGCUUACGAGGCGAACGGGUCGGUUUACUUUGACGUGGCCGGGUUUGAUGCGAGGGAGAAGCAUCACUACGCGAAGCUGGUUCCGGAAGCUUACGGAGAUGCCAAGUCGUUGCAGGAGGGCGAGGGAGAUCUGAGCGGAGAUCAGUCGUCGGAGAAGCGUUCGGCGAACGAUUUUGCGCUGUGGAAGUGCAGCAAGGCGGGGGAACCCUGGUGGGAUAGUCCUUGGGGUCGGGGACGUCCCGGUUGGCACAUCGAGUGCUCGGCCAUGGCUUCGGACAUUUGCGGAGAUUUUCUGGACAUUCACACGGGGGGCGUGGAUUUGAAAUUCCCGCAUCACGACAACGAACUCGCGCAGAGUGAGGCUCACGACAACAGUUCCGAGUGGGUCAAGUACUUCCUGCACACCGGUCAUCUCACCAUCGCCGGCUGCAAAAUGUCCAAAUCGCUCAAGAACUUCGUCACGAUCCAACAAGCGCUGCAGAAGCACACCGCGACUCAACUCCGUCUCGCCUUCCUGCUCCACUCCUGGAAGGACACCCUCGACUACUCGGAAAACACCAUGGAAAUGGCCGUCCAGUACGAGCGCCAGCUGAACGAGUUCUUCCUCAACGUGAAGGACCUCACUCGGCACGUUGUCUCGGGGAAACCUCGCGACCGCUUCAACCCGUGGACCCCGGUCGAAUCCGACCUGCAGCAGAAGCUAAACUCCUCGAAAGCCGCCGUCCACGAGGCCCUCUGCGACAACAUUGACACCCGAACCGCGCUGGACGUGAUCCGUGACCUGAUUUCGUACAGCAACGUUUACAUCCGGGACCACAAGUCGGCGUUGAACGCGCUGUUGCUGCGCAACAUUGCCACCUACAUUACGGAGCUGCUGCACAUCUUCGGUGCGAUCGUGGGACCGCGCGGAGGAAUUGGAUUCCCCGUUGGUGGAAGCGCCGGAACGGCGGAUCUCGAGGAAACCGUCAUGCCCUACCUAUCCGCCCUCUCAGAAUUCCGCACGGCAGUCCGCGAGCAGGCUCGCACCCUCAAGGCGUCCGAGAUCCUCGCCCUAUGCGAUCAAAUCCGCGACGACACCCUCCCCAACCUGGGCGUUCGCCUCGAAGACCGCGACGGAGCGCCGUCCGCCCUCAAACUCGUAGAUCGCGAGCUGCUCCUCAAAGAACGCGAAGCGAAACGCGCCGAAGAGGCACGCAAGGCCGCGGAAAAGGAACGCAAAAAGGCGGAAGCGGCGGCGGCCGCAGCGGCAAAGGAUGCCCAGCGGAAGAUCAACCCGGUGGACAUGUUCCGCGCGGAAACGGACAAGUACUCGGCCUGGGACGAGCGUGGACUGCCGACGCACGAUGCCGAGGGGAAGGAGAUUAGCAAGGGACAGCAGAAGAAGCUGCAGAAGCUGCAACAGGCGCAGGAGAAGCGCUACCAGGAGUAUCUGGAGUCGGUGAAGGGUUGAAGGAAGGAUGGAGGAGUUGGUUGCUGCAUUUGAAAGUUAUGAACGCGCGUUUGCAUUGCCUUUUUAUUAACAAAUAUUUAAUUUGGAUGAGUCGAACAAAUUAAAGUAAUUAACAUCCUUAAAAUAAUCA